UGAGCAGAACGGACGGAGCGUUGAUGUGCGUGCGUGCGUUAAAAGCAAGUCUUUUGUUCGUCUCCAACUCGUUGCGGUUUUAGCAGAAACACACUGUAAUACUACAUUCGAUUGCUCGUGAUUGUUAUCCAGCUAGUUCGUUCCAUUCUAAUACUAGUGUUCGUCCAGAGAUCGAACUCGCGCGUCUUUUCCGUGUGUGUUACCCGUCUUCCCGUGGUGUUACCGGUUUUUUUCCGCUACCGUUCGAGUGAAAAGAAAGCAGAAAGCGCAUUGUAAAUCCACCAAAGCCUGCUGGAAAAAAUGUCGCUGCAAGUGUCUAAUCAAAACCCGUCCGGACGUCGUACUCCGCAGGUGUAUCAAGGGUUUGGAGCAGCACCGAGCGUAACGACAACACCAACGGCCACUAAUGGUGGCGGUCCAGCCAAUGCUACUGGCGGGUCCGUUGGCCGGCCGGCAAAGGGAAACAACAAACAGUCUCAGAUCCCUGUAGCAAUCGGUAGCAUUGUCGGCACACCAUCGAACUCUGAUACGAUUGCACCACAGACGCCCGUAGUACACGCCGCUACGACCGAUGCAUCACCCGGCAAAAAGCAAAUCCAAACAGAUCAUUUAUACGGCAUGAAACUACAGCAGGGUGGUUCAAUGGUCCCUGUUCCAACCGGUACAAAUCGGCCAUCAACCACAAACGGAUCCCAACCGGCCGGGAACGAAAAGUUGCGGAAGAGCUCCACCGGCGGCGGUGGGGAAGGUUUGGGGUCGAAAAAGCCAGAACCAACCGCAGCACAGCUCCCGGUUCUUGGUGAAGGUGGUGCUGCAAAAGGACGUGCACCGACAAACGCUCGUACUCAGCAAAAGCAAUCCUCGGAUGAAGUGGCCACAGCAAAGGCAUCGGCGGAACAGCAACCAAAAUCGGAAAAGAAGGUCAAUCUGGAGUUUGACCAUUCGCUGAUGUUUGAAAAAUCACUCAAAGGAUUCACUUCGGAUGGCGAGGAGAUGGAUUCGCUUCUGUUGGAACCGUGGGAUAUUGAAGAUACACAGCCGCUGGCCCCCUCGAGCGCGGGAAAAUCCAAGAUGUCAGCCAAACAGACAAAUCCUGCUGGCAAAUCGCCAGCCAAACUGGACACAGCAGCCGGUGCUGCUCUGGACAAGGAGGAAACCAAUAGCCAGAAGAAGAAAGCACAAGCAGCCGAAGCGGCGGAGGUUGGUGAGAAAAAUCGUUCCCCCAAAGCGACCCCGAAGGGUGUCGAGCCGGAGGUUCCAUCUACACCAACCAACGGUGGCGAUUCGUUGAUCGGACGCCCGCUGCGUUCCAUUUCCGGCCGCCGCUCGACACGCCCGAUUGCGGACAUUAAAUUCACGCAUCAUCGUCGCUCAGCCGCUAACGAUUCAAUUUCCAGCAUGAACGUUACGAUUGGUUCGGAGAUUGGGAACGAUAGUCUGCUGUUGCGUACGCCGGGAUCUGCGUCGCGUAAACGCAAAGACAUGACGCCUGAAUCGACUUCGGAUGAUGCGCCGGUGGUAGAAAGUCCGAAACGCGCACGGCUCGAUUUCAGCGGUUUGCUCGGCAUGGUCGCCACACCGGUGACGAUGCUGAAGAAUCGACUGUCGCGUGUCAAGCUGCACAGCACACCGCGCUCGCUGACCGUUGAUGAGGAGGAUGCCUCGAAGGUGGUAACGGCUGAAGCCACCACCACCACUACCAACAAUACGCCGACCGAGAAGGCUACAGAUGCUGCUGGUGGUAACGCAAUGGAGGUAGAUGUGGCCGCAAAGGAAAAGGCUGACGAAGCCGGCCAGAAGUCGGUACCGGAGAAGGAUACAGAGGGAGACCAACAACAGCUGCCGGAAGGUUCCUCCGCCAGCACCGUUGCUGAUGAUGAGGUUGAGGUGAAGAUCGUCACCGAUCAGCAGCAACCGCCGAAGCAGUGGUGUAGUAUUAUGUAAAGAUAAUAUGGCACAACCCAUGUAAUCGCAACCACCAAGGACUCUCUCUAUCUCUUUAUCAACCUUACACAGUUUAAACCUCCUUAACUUCCAAUCUCCCUUCGGAUUCCCUACAAACAUGCCCUGGUGUGUUGCAUUUGUAUUGGUGUCCUUUUCCCAUUUUUUAAAAGAAAGGAAAACCUUUUCUUCCCGCAGAAUCGUCAAGGUUCGAUUUGUUUCGGGAAGUGUAAAUCGGUAAAUAAUUAUACUUCGCCUCUACGUUGGUUUGGUUCACAAACCACCUGCCUGGAGAUUAUCACAAAUAUUCUUUUAUUUACAUGUAGAUGUAUCAUGUAUAUGUUUUUUUUUGUGUUUCAACUCCAAUUCGUUUCAAAGAUCAAUUUACGUGGUGGAUUAAACUGUCGACAGUAGCGAGGAAAGCGUAUGCAAUUAAGUUUCUUUCAGUUUGCUUACUGAUCAUUAUACAGAAACAUUAGCUAUACAGAAACAUUACGAUCAUCAUUGAUUAGAAAGACCAUCAUGUACAUCACCAUCAACACGUGGUUCGAUAGAUGAUUGUAGGUGAAUACCCGCUGUGUAGUUCGAUGGAGUGGAGUUAGUGGAGUUUAGGAAUAAAGGCAAUUUUUAUGUAGAGCAGGAAAGGAUGGAUGAAUUCUUUAAUUAAAAAUUGGAACUGUAUUUCUUUUAAUACCUUUUUCUACUCUACCCCCCGAAAGAUGUGUACCACCUACUGGACACACGUGUGUGUCCGUCUUCCUCCCCCGCGCAUAAACGGAAACAAAUUAGUAUGUAGUGCAAGUGUGUUCUCUCUUUCUCUAAUCGCUAAACGAAUGCAUGUUUAGGUGGCAUAAUGAGUAGAAACAGUGUGUACACCGUAUAGGAUUAUUAUUAGCGGAUGCAUCGAACGUAAAGUGCACCGCAGCAGAAUAAACCCACUAAUGAGAAGCAGGUUGUGUAGGAAUGCGGUGUAACAUUUAAGCAGUUCUGCAGAGUCCUGUGAAAAAGCUCAAUUUUGGCCACAAAAUAGUACGAUUAACAUAUCACACGACGUAAAUUUUACAGACAGAAGAACAAAUGCAACAAAACAAAUUUGAGAAGGCAAAUUUUGUUUCAGUACAACUCCACUCAUCAGCGGACAAAAUGUGAAAUAAAUCAAACCAGAAUCUGUUUUACGGAAACGAUUUAAUU